AUGCGGAGUCGGCGGCAGAUGAACAGAACACAAUUUGGAUGCCAAAGCAACCCUUCGCUUCAUUACUUUUUCCUAAUUGUCUUCAGUCAUUGUUGUGUUAUCCUUCUUUCAUCACCUGUCACGGCCUUGAUCGCCAUUCCGCCUUCGCCGACAUCUGGUGGGCGAUCAGCAGUGAAGAUAAGAUCCCGACAAAAUUCAUCAUCAAGCAGCGAACUGUGUUCGACUCUUUCCUUCUCGGGAGAUGCCAGCUGCACUCUGGAAAUGAAAGAUGCGUCGGUGGAAUCAGUAUCCGAUUUUUUGCAGUCUCCUAGCAGUGACAUAUAUCUGCUUGGCACCAGCAAUUGUUCCAAGCAAGAUGAAGAAAAUACAGGUCGUAGCAAGCAGGAGAAGAAGACGAAGGAAGAUGGCGAAAGCCAACUUUGGGAAUGCAAGCAACCCGUCGUGGAUUUCAUGGGCCUGACGCUACAACCGGUCUUUGUGAAUAAAGUACUUCGGGCAUCUCAAGGCCGCGUUGUAGUAUCCAUUGAAGAUGCAAGAACCGAUAUUGUGAAAGCAUCUAAAAGUCCCGGAAGCCGAGCAGUCACCUCGAUAUUGGAAUCAUCCACCUUUAAAGGUGAAAGUGUCUUUAGUGUUCAAUCUCCACAUGAUGGCGAGGAUAAUUUGGAUGAAAGCUGUACAAUAUCCAUCGAGUUGCGAUUGACAUUGCUUAUCCCGUUACCUUCGUAUAUGCCAGUACCUCCAGGGUUCAAUGCAUUGGGCAGUGCCAUUGUCCGUCGGACAGGCAAAUCACGAACGAAGAAACUACUUCGUCGCUUGCGUGAGGCAUACUACGAAGACUGCGAAGAGAAAAGCCAAAAUCCGACUUCAAAUAAGUCUGUUUCAGACUAG